AUGCCCGUCAAAGUACCUGGUAGCAUUGUCAUAUGGUUCUGGUUCUUAAGUUGUAUUACCGAUGCGAUAUUGACGGUUGAUUCUAUACUAUCGUACUCGAUAGCGAUCAAGUUCUCAAAGUUUAACGCUGAGAAAAUGCCAAGUAAUAGAAAAAUACAAGAAGAACUGGAUAAUAUAAUUUUGGAUAUUCCACCAUUUGAAAAGGCCAACGCUUUAACAAAAUAUGAUAUCUUUUCUUUGAGGCAAAUCAUAUUCGGCGGCACGACAAUCAGACUUAACGUUCACGAGAAAAUUAUAAAGGCAAUGUCGGAUAUUUCUAUUACGAUGGUAUAUGGUAUGACCGAGACAGGAGUGAUCUCUUGUCAAAAGGACACUGAAAGGAUCGGGUCUAGCGGUUAUAUAUGUAAAAAUGUUCGUGUAAUAAUAGCAGAUUUGGAAACCGGAAAACCGUUAAAGUUCAUCGUACAUAGUGAGAUCUGUGUCAAGUUUUCUUGUAUUAUGAACGGCUAUUACAAAAAUCCCGAAAGUACCAAAGGUGUCUUUGAUAAGGAUGAUAGGCUGAGUCAUUCUCACAUCAAGUACUCGAUGGACUUCAUGGACAAAAUCAGCAAAAUCAAAACAAGAACCAACAUCUUGUUCCAAAGAGACUUCUUUGAACUAACAUCAGAAACAGCAAUGACUUCUCCUGUAUCCUCCAUCAUUGCAAAUAUCUAA